AUGCUACCAUUGCUUCUACUUGGCGCAAAAGCUGCCCUCUUUCAAACAUGGGAAGUUGGUAAGUCUGAUAGAGCCUUCGACUUCAGAUAUAGGAACAAUAGUCGAACAACUUACCAAAAUUAUGGAUGGAGAGUUCAACUAAGAACAAACACAACAAACCCAAAUGAUUCAAACAGCAAUAUGACCUAUACUGCACUUGCAAAAAACAAAGGAAUCAUCGAAGAAGAAGGUUUGAAACUUGAACCAAGAUUUGAUCAAUCACUUGGAGAGAAUUAUAUGAGAAUUAUCUUUGAUUUGACUAACAACGGUGACGAAGCCAAAAUUUUUGAUCUAGGUAUCUAUGCAGAUAUAAGUAUAGGCGAAGAUGAUAAAGCAACAGUUAAAGCUUUGACAAAUGGAAUCGGAUUCACAAUGGAAAGUACAAUAGAAGGAGUGGAAAAAGGGGAUGUCAUUACAUUACUAGUUCGCGACAGAUAUGAUGUAACAAAUGUUGAUUGUUUAUACUAUGGCAAGUAUGAUAGUGAUAAUUCAUUAAUUGGCAGAAACAUGGAAGAACUCAACCCUUUAGUAGGUGUUGAUUCAAUCUUUGAGAUAGGAUGGAUUAAUAGAGAGAUUCUUCCGCAUUCGAAACAAUCAUUCAAUGUAUUAUUAGUUAUUGGCAAAUAUACAAGAAUUCCACCUAUAAUAAAGCUCGAUGACUUGGAAACAUUCAGAAUCAAAGGUGACACUGUCACUGUAACUGGAGAAUAUUCUUCAAUCUAUAAUGAUAGCAUAAUUACACUUAAGUACAAGUAUGGAGAUACAGACACAGAACAUACUGUUGAGCAACAUUCUGUCAAAGAAAAUGGAAGUCAAAAGCAUUUUUCAUUCGAUUUUAUUGCUGGACCAGAAAGAACAAAGAAUUUGAUUGUUUGGGUUGAAGAUGAAGAUCAUAGAAAGUCCAAAGAAGUGAGCAAAGAAAUAACAGCAAAUGUACUUCCAACUAUUUCCUUUGCAAAAGAACCAGUAAAGACAUGUUUGAUUGGGGAUGAAAUUCCCUUCGAAAUUCAAGUAAAUGAUGAUAAAAGCGCAAAAAUAACAUAUGAAUUUGGUGGAAAAAAGUUUGAAGAAGAGAAAUUCACAAUACUUGAGAACACCCCACAAACUAAAAAGUUCACAUUGAAUACAAAGGAGUUGGAUGAAGGCAAAUACAAACUUGCAAUUACUGCUGUUGAUAAUGAUAAUUGUAAAUGCAAGAGUGACAUUUCAUUUGAAAUACAAGUUAACAAUCAUCCAAGACCCAUCUUUGAAUCAGGACCAAAUGUCACAUAUCCAUUAAAGAUUGAACCAGGAAGUCAAGUAUCAAUAUCAAUGAAAGUAAAGAAUCCAUCUACAAUCAACUAUACAUUCAAAGCAGAAAUUAAUGGAGAAAUUUACG